GCCGCUUCGGUUUGCGCAGUACAUGACUGAUGUAUUCGCGCUCCAGUGGAAGAUUUCAGGCAUGACGGUGGGAAAAGCCAGGCUUCGGCUUCGGCGAAGGACGUUGAGAAAGAUGGGCCCCGGGCCGUUUCUAAAGGAGAGGUAUGCGGUUCGUGCUGUGGUCUUGGGCAUGGUGAAGCUUGCGGAUAAGGUUUUGGUGGUGAGGCGGGGAGAGGAGGAUCUGAAGAUUGGGGCUGAUGGCGGUGGUUGUGGCUUUGGUUCUGAUUCUGGUUCUGGAGUCGGCCUUGAUCGUGAUUAUGAUCGUGAUCGUGAUCGAUAUGGUUGUGGCUGUGGUGCCGAGUGCUUUUGUGAUCUUGGCUCUGACUCGGAUUUGGAUGCGGAUACUUGGUUUACUGGGCGUUGGGUUAGUGGGGAUUUUACAACUGAGAGAACACCGGAGAGGCCUGCGGAGUUGGAGGUGGUCGAUGAGAAAGCCGGCGAGCAUGGGAUUGGGGGAGGGCAGGAGUGUGAAUGGGCAGAUGACGAAUGGACCUCAAGCGAUACCUCUACGGAGUCUGAGGAGGAGUGGAAGGGAAGUCAGCGUGAGUCCGGUGAUGGGGGUGAUGACUCUUCUCUUCAAGGCCCUACGGAUUUCCCUCUUUCUGCUCUAACGAGGUUGCCUUAUCGCGGAGGAUACGCCCUUGAUCAAAUGACCGAAGACGGCUCCGACUGGGUCCCAUCCGACGACGAAGGUACCGAAGCCGACAAGCGUAUCGCGGACUGUCCUGUUGCGAUCCACGAAGUCAAGACCUGGAGAGAGCAAGACGGCGAGGAAGUCAUGGUGCGCGGGUACGUUGGCUUUGUUGGCCAUGUGGAGGAUACCAGGUCCAUGGCAUCUCUGAUACUAGGGAUGUGUGCGGUAGGAGUGCGCGAUGAGUCUCCAGCAGAGAUGGAAAUGGACUAUGAUAUGGACUCUUGAGCAAUACCCCAGACAUCAGCCGAGGACCUGGCGCGUAUCCUCGGAUUCAUCGAUGGGUGUCUCGCGAACAACAAGGCUUGGACAAUAGCACGCCUAGGUGCACAACCAAUAAUGACAAAUGAUGAUAAGAUA